CACGUGUGAAAGGCUCGGUUUUCGGCGGUGCAGGUCCGAGAUCGUCUCGUGUUUGUGUGUGUGUGUGUGUGUGUCGGUAGUUAUCGUUUAGCUCGUGUAGCUAACCUGCGUCAGUGGCAGAAGCUAACAGGCUAACUCACCUUGUUACAUGUGCAGGUACCGUUAGCGAGUUAUUAUUAGCCGCAUUAACCGGAUACCGAGGGGUGUUUUUAUAUGAGACAGACCGUGUGCAUUCACUAUUAACCGAUGGCUGUGUUUGUACGUUAAUAUAACGAUGUGAAUAAUGUUAUUUAAUGUUAGAUUGACUGCGGAGGGUUUUUUCUGUUCGGUAGUUGUUUGGCCCAGUUUGUUAGCUUCCCGUACAGCUAGCAUAACGUUACGCUGCAAUAUAAAUACAUGAAUCUCCAGAAAUGUCGGGUUAAGAGAGGUUAUUUUUUUUUGUGUGGUACUUUGAUCUAAGUUCAGCUUUAGAUGCUCAAUGAUGGUUCUGGUGUCAGCAGCUGUGAUUCAGUCGCGUCUCUGAGUUGGACAAAGUCGAUUUCUAGGAUCCUGGCUUUGGUAAGGAAUUGAGAGCAUCUGGCCACCAACCAGACUGAAAGCUUUAACUGGAGACUAUGUCUUAUCUCUGAGGAUGGGAGGAAGUGGAUCCAAAGCCAAAGGUGUCUGGCCUUUCUCAGGCAGUGGAUCUGGAGGAGAUUCAGCCAGUGAUGGGAACGAGCAGUCUUUGGCCCGUAUGAAAGGUUCAAGAAAUGCAACACCGUUUGUUUUUACCAGGAGGAGUUCUUUGUACUACGACGAGGACGGUGACCUUGCCCAUGAAUUCUAUGAAGAGACAGUGGUGACAAAAAAUGGCAGAAAAAAGUCCAAGUUGAAGAGGAUUCAGAAAAAUCUGAUUCCACAGGGAAUUGUGAAGCUCGACCACCCCUGUAUUCAUGUGGAUUUCCCCAUCGUCCUCUGUGAGGUGUGAAAAGUUGCACAGGACUGAUGUACUAUGAAUUGCAGCCACAGGUACUUGUCUUGGAGCGAAGUCUUGUUCCAGUCUCCAGGUGUUACAGUCAAGACCGGAACUGUGGUCUGGAGAGCAAAAGGAAAAUUCAAACUUUCAUAUUAAACUGAUAUAUUGAAUGAAAUGUUAUACAUUUGAAUUCAACUAUAAUCAGAGGGUGCCCCUAUUCACAAAAAAAAAAUCCAUAUUUUGGUAUUCACAAAAGUAGUGAUGGUACAGGUUGUGUUUCCACUACCCAGCUGACAUGUAAGCAGUCUUAGAGAAUACAUCAAAUGAAGUCGUAUUUCUCUUGUGAGUUUUUUGCAGGGAAAAACAUCCUCGAUGUGAAAAGGCUUUAAUGGUUCACGCCUUCUGUGAGACGUAGAGUGAAACUGUACGUGUCUUUGUAUAUGUACAUGUGUGCACUUAGGUUUGUUGGGAGUGAAUGUGUGUGAGAGGGGCUGAAGAUGAAGUUACAGUGUAGAAUAAUGAAGGAUUGUGACAUUUAUUGUAUAUAUGGUCAUGUUCUGUGUUGUCACGUCUGAGUAUGUCUCAGUUACCGAAGCUCAGACCUGCACUAGUGAACAUAAUGUACUGUAAAUAAUUUCAGAUUUCUUAGUUGGAAAUACUUGAAUAAAUGGUUUACUGAGCUGAA